CGCCCGUUUGUUCGUUAGCUGAAUUGACUUUUGCCCUUGUCACUGUUUCAGUGCUCAGCUUAUGACGAAGGUCACGUGUCAGGACCACUGUGCUCCGAUCUUUGUGAACAGAACAACAUUCAUCUUGGGAAGUGUCUCACAACAGUGCCUGAAAAGAAAAUUUAUGACGGAACAUGGCACGAGAAGAGCGUUAUCUUGAAAGUCAACAUGAGUUGGUUCGAGGAGUUUCAAGAACGACAGAAAAUAACGAAUAGUGACGUUGCGUCAUCUUAUCAAAAUGACGUCUCUUCCAGGGUGAAUACCUUGUUUGGCAAUUGCAGUCAAUGUAAGAAACUCGUAUCUCGAUUGCUGUCACUUGGCGAUGGAAACAGUGAUGGGUCAGUUACAGCGGCCGAAGCCAGGACUUUCAUUUCAUUACUACAACAAAUGGAACCUAUGAUGCUGAUGACCUUAAAUGAAAGCAAGCACACCGUGGAUUUUUAUGGGUAUUGUGGUGGAUUGUACGUGGUGGAAAAAGUGCCUUUUGUUGCCUCUAACGUGUUUACAGACACUUGGGAGUUUGUAGAUCUUGCAUUCCUUCCUGAUGGAUUUGAGCCGCUCCAAAACUUGUUUAAUGACAACCUAGGAAGAUUUUUAAAUGCCGGAACUCUUUGUGUCCUAUACUUUAGCGCCAUUUUUGACAAUCUGCUUACUAUUACAGAUUACCCCAUGUUAAGCACCUUUUUUCAGGUGCACACCACUAGUAGAAGUGAAAAAUUCGACUUUGCAUAUUCAAUUCUAGAUGCAACAUUAGACGUGUCAAUAACUCCUUAUGGCUUGACGCAGUCAUGUGAUUUACAUCUGGGAAAUUAUGGAAUUACCAACACAUCAACGGUAAAACUCAUAGACCUUGAUCUGACAUACCCUCAUGUCUUGUUACAAACCCUUCUUAAGCAGAAAAAAUGUGUAUCCGAUCUGGACUGUUUUGUUGGUAAUUCCGAAUCUUGUUGGUCAGACUGUGACACGAAGUCAGGCACUUGUAAAUCACUGUUAGGGCUCCAGGAUCUGCAUGUGAUUUGCGAGGGUGUUUUUCAAAUCGUUUUUAGACAUCCCAACAUCCUAGAUCCAAUAAGUUAUAACAUAACCUGCCUGAAGGAAGCCAUAAGGAAUCUCGGUGUGCUCUGCAGCAAGUUUCCUGUUGUAUAUUCGGAACGCGAGUUAAGACAUUAUAUCCUCGCUGUAAAGAGAAAACUUAAAUCUAUUGAACUC